AUGGACAUCAGCAAGGCAACAACACCGUUCGUCGAGCUCUUCCAGCAGAAUCGAACCCUCUGUACCGCUAUCGCCGCCACAGUAGCCGCCGGCGGUACCAUCUCGAUCAUCUCGCACAUCGUAGCCGACUACCGCGCCUGGUACGCGCUCGGCCCCAACGGCCUACCCCUCAACAUCUUCGGAUACCUAUUCCAAUCGAUCGGCCGUUCCUUCGCUCGCCUAGACACCCGCGUGCCCGCGCCCUACGACAACGCCCAACUAGCACGGUCCGCACGAUACGGGCCCCUGAGCCAACGCUCGUUCUUCUCCGGCUCGAUACCGUCGCGCAAGGGGGCCCGGCCCGAGGUCCCCAUGUUCGUCGGCCCGCACCGGCAGACGUCGCAGCAAGCCGCGCCCGCGAUGCGUAGCCGACAGGAGGCCUUCCUGGACGCGCUUGCCGCUGCUAAUCCGUCUCUGAUACGGGUUAGGCCGUCGAAUCUCGAAGGGCCGUUGUUUAGAAGCGUGUGGUUGCAGUCUGGCAUAGCGCUGCGUGACGAGAUUAAGAACUUGAACGGCGAGUUUGCGCAUCCGCAUGCGGAGGGCAGCACGCAUAUGGUGUUGAGUCUGGUCGAUGCUGCGGCCGCUAUCGAGCGUGGUUGGUCGGAACGGCAUCGUAUGAGCGGUGUUGCUGGUUUGAUGCCGUGGGGGUUUGUCAUGGUAUAUGCGCCGCGGGAUGAUGGGGAGUUUCGGGUCUGGAGGGAGUUUAUGGUGGCGAGCGCGCGGUAUGUAUUAGGUGGUGAUAAAGAGGUUGUAAUGCCUGGGAAUGUAGGUGAGUGA